AUGGCGGAUCAAACACGACCUCAUGUGAGCGAAGGAAACAAGAAACAAAAGACCGAUUUUAUUUGGACCGAUGAUGAGAUUCAACUACUUUUGGAAGCAGUGCUUUCUUAUAAAACAACUUGCGAAUAUGAAGGUAUUUGUUGGGAAUCUGUGAAAGCGAAGUAUCAAAAGAUUAUGGAAAUUUAUGUCGAAAGGUACCCAGGGCCAGACGCAACUGGAGCAAAUAUUACUGAAUUUCCACGAGCUAAGACGCCUGAGUUACUAACCAAGGAAAGGAUUGCUGCUAAACUAAAAAGAGUAAGGACUGGCUACAAAAAAGCAGUUGAUGCAGGCCGUCGCAGUGGGGGAGGAAGAGUUGUUCUAACGUUUUAUGAUUUGUGCGAAAAUGUGUGGGGUGGUUCGCCAGCUGUUGAAAGUAUUAGCGGUGGGAUCGACACGUCAGCGCAAGAAAAUCACACUUCAGUGACUUCAGAUAGUUCUCUAGACCGACAAGAUUCUGUCUCGCCCGGCCCGAGUGUAACGAGUAACAGUUCAUUCUUUGGCGAUGUAAAUGAAGGUGAGCGCUCACUUGAUUCACCUCUCCUACCUGGUGAAGAUGAAGAUGAAGAAAGUGAUUUAAACCAACCACUGGCUGCACCAUGUAGUUCUAAAGAUAGACGAGCAAAGAUUUCAAAGUUGUUAACAGACAGAAAGGAUGCUAAAAUGAGUAAAAAACUGAACUGUGAAACACAAAUGUUAAAUUGCACCAAGGAAGACCUACAACUUAAGCGGAAAAUUUCAGAUGGUAUGGAUAAAUCUGAUGCUGAGCUGUCAGAAACAAUGAAUAAAGUACAUAAAACUAUGGAAUCUAUUGGAGAUAGUAUCAAGCAAGGUUUUACAUUGAUGGCAGACAUCUUAAAGCAAACCCAAGCACCUGCAGUCACCGACUCCUUCCCUUCUCUAAAUGCUAACUAUCAUUUUCCAGCUUCACAAGCCACUCAAAAUUUGCCAAAUAAUUAUUUUGGACAACCCAGACAGGUAGCCCAGCAAUAUUCCCAGCCCCAGCAAUAUUCCCAGCCCCAGCAAUAUUUGGGUCAGCCCCAAAAUAUUCCCUUUUCUAACAUAAGCAAUGAUGAGACUCCUCAGUCAUGA